AUGGACCUGCCGGAAGACUCCAAUUCCAUGGAGAUCUUCCAAAAGGUCAAGGCGGUUUGCGACAACGCGACAACGCCGAUUGCCUGUCGAUUAGUGGCGCAGGCGGCGGACGUACGAAUGACGGAAGUGGACCCUUUAGCAUCCAAGAAGGACGUGGCGCAUGCCCUGACCAAGGUCUCGGAGCAAGCACUGGACGAGUCGGCGGUCAGCCUGCGAGAGGCCUGGAACGGAACUCUGACAGCAACGGUGAAGCUGCCGAUCAAGGCAGCGGAGAGGGUGGACGAACAGCAGGUGAGAAUCUUGUUUACGCAGUGUUCUGUCCAGAAACUGCAACCGGCGCCCACUCAGCAGCAACGGUGCUUCCGUUGCCUGGAGUUCGGCCACGUUCGGGCUCAGUGUCAAAGCCAGAUCGACCGCUCGACAGCGUGCAUCCGCUGCGGCCAGCCGGACCAUCUGGCGGAGGACUGCAAGGCGAACAUCUGCUGUGCAGCCUGCAAGGGCCCACAUCAGUUUAAGCGGAGUGGCAUGUUCUACAAGAGGUGUGCGCAACUAGAAGCGCAGUUUGAAAGAGAGUGGGCUGAACAGCAUAAUUCAGCGGGACCCAGUGGCUUAUCGGCAAUUGUGCAAUCUGCGGAAGAUGCUUUUUUAAAUCGCGAUCUGGAAGUCGAAUACAUCAAAGAAGAGUAUGUGGAAGACAUUCUUGAUGACGAAUAUAUCAGCGAUGAAGCAUCUAUCGACAACGACGACAGUGAUGAAAGGGAGUGGUGUGAAGAAGAAUAUUUGGAGGAAGAAAUUUCAGAAAUCAGUUCUGAAAGCUUGAAGUUGUGAGACUCUUUGCGAACUUGGUUCAUUCUCAACAAAGUUUCUCGCAACGCAAGCAAUAAUUUACUUGCGAUACUGCGUAAUGUGUCUUCUCUUUCUGCUUUUUCAUCUCUUCCGCAGGAUGUAAGGACAUUGCUAAAAGCUCCGGUAAACGUUAGCGACCAAAUAGCUACAGUUCCAGGAGGAGGUCAAAUGUGGUACCAAGGAGUUGAAUGUUGUUUGCAGCAUUAUUUCCGCAAUGUGGUUGUAGCAGAGAACACAUUUGAGCUGAAUCUUUCAACAGACGGAGUUCCUGUGUACAAUCGUAGCCCUACACAGAUGUGGCCUAUAUUGAUGAAGCUACAUAACAUUCCGGAUGUUCCCGUUAUGGUUGUGAGAAUAUUUUGUGGUGCUAACAAACCAUCCGAUGGCGAGACUUUCUUAAGACCAUUGGUGACAGAGCUCAAUAACCUGCAGGACAACAAAAUUAAAAUUAAUGGCAAAGAAAUAUCUCUUUCUGUACGAGUGUUCAUCGCUGACUCUCCAGCACGCGCCUUCAUUAAACAGGAUUGCUAUUACAACGGCGUUCACGGAUGCAUGAAAUGUAAACGACUUGGUACUAGCCUCAAAAACCCAAAGAAAGUUAUAUUCGAGGACACGACCGUUGAUUUAAGAACCGACGUAGAGUUCCGGAAUGAGCCAUGUAACGCAAAAGGGCAUCGCAGAGGUGAAACACCAUUAACCGACCUGAAGAAUUUUGACAUGAUAAAGGAUGUAACUACGAGCGAUAUUUUGCAUCUGGUUCAUGUUGGUGUCGUACAUAAGCUUCUGCUAGGGUGGACCGAAGGUGAUCUUAAACCCUUCAAAAAAUGGUCUAAAGAUGAGAUAGCCGAAAUUUCAGAGGAGCUUGUAAGCAUACAAUUGCCUUCAGAAAUCCACAGAAGAUUUAGGUCCCUGGAAUCGUUGCACUACUGGAAAGCCUCUGAAUUAGGAACCAACUGUCCCUCAGGUUGUUACGAAGCUGAAAGCCGGGCCUGA